AUGGGUUCGAAAUGUGCGAAUCCAAAUGUCGAUUUGGAGUUUGGAGAUGAUUCUAGUGAGUGUUUGCACGAACUUUUACAAGACGCAGACACUCCUAACGAAGAGGAACCAUACCCGUCAGAUUACAUCUCUGCUUUGGUAAGAUAUGACAAUUACAGAUCAAUUAUUGAUGAAAAUAUUUCCAAGUCUGAGGGAGACCCUUUUAUUCUUAAUGACGAAGCAAAAUCCUUCAAGUAUCAACCAGAUCAAGCUUACGGAUACUUUGAUUGCAAUUGUGACAACGGAAUCAAUUUGUUUUCAUGUAAGAUACGUUCUAAGGACAACAGAAGUGCAGACUCAUUUGCCAUUAUUGAGAAGGAGGUCUGUGACGCAUGUUUGGGUCCUCUGGCAUCUGAUAAAGCCAAAUGUAGACACUGUGGCACGGUAAUACAUUCCAAAUGUUAUGGUUUAGUUCAUAAUUCACCAUCGGUUUUUCUGUUUGAAUGUGACGUUUGUAGGAAUAAAACGCCUGGAACAAAACUUCCAUUGUGUUUUAUCUGUAACACUUCCGGUGGAAUAAUGCGUUAUAAUAAAGGAAAAAGAGUUUGGAACCACUUAAGUUGCAUAUUUUUCACUGAAGGUUCAGAUAUUAGUUUUAAGCAUUUACACAAACAACACUCACCUAGCACAAAAGGGACACAGUAUGAACAUGCUGCCGCAAUCUGUGAUGCGUGUGGUUUAUCAUCUGGUGUAAUUUUCCCCUGCUCAUUUCCAAAAUGUUUCAGAUAUCUGCACCCACGCUGUGCAAUGAAUCGCAAAUCUGGUUACGUAGGAAGGGCGUUUUCAAGCAUAGUAGAGUUUAAUUCCGUUAUGGGAAUCCAGUAUUUUACGUUUAAGGGCGCAUUUUGUCAAGAACACACUGAUUUGGAGUUUAUUAGCACGUCCCUUCAAAUGGAAGCUAAAAGGCGUGCUGUGUUAGUUUAUAGGGGAAGAAGUACAUAUAGUAAAUAUCAAAAGGUAGUAUCUGAUCUUUUACUUGCGACAAAUAGUGUUGAUGAUUACAGUUUGGAUGCUUCAGAAAGAAUGUCACGUCCAAACCCCUUAGUUCCAACCAUAAAAAUGACUAGUACAUUCUCACCUCCAGAGUAUCUUGAGAUAGAACCUGAGAAUUUGAGACCCAAGAGAAAACUGUCUGAUAUUGUGGAUGCGUUUAGCAAUGAUAUAAGUGAGACUUUUGAUUAUAUAGGAGAAUUUAAAUCAGAUAUUCAUAAUGCCGAUGACAUUGUUUUGAAUAUAAAAACACCUGAAACAAAUAUAAAGAUUAAGACUCCGUUGGAAGUUAAUAAUAUACAAAAGACGGAUUCAAGUGAUCCUAAUAAGUACAGAGGCCAACGUUUACUUUGGCAAAAGUAUGAGUUUUUCAAGCGUAUAUCGUUUGGUCCCGCUGCUCUAGAUAUAUUGAAUAGCCAGGAUAUGGUUUCGAGAAAGAAAAUUUUACAGGAGAUUUUGCCAUUAGACAGCAAUUUGCUUUCAUAUGAUUUAUUAGAACCGGGAGAACUAUCUGAGUGUUUUAUACAGCAAAUAUUCUCUAAUUGCAAGGGUAUACUGUCUUUGUUGGAUUCUAUCAAAUUUUCUUUGGAUUUGGAUUCGCAAAACCAAACCAAGUUAUCUCCAUCCACAAAUGAUACGAAAUACAUUCGCUUUCACGUAUUAGUAGAUACAGGUAUAUCUUGUGGUAUCAUUGUUUUUAAGGCGAAUAGAAAGUUACUAGACAAUGUUUUUAGAGGUUACUUCCUGGAAAAUUGCGAUCCUUCAUCACUUUCUUAUGCUAACGUUUUCAUAGAUCAAGAAAUUAGACAUAUAAUUUCUCAGGUGCACAAUGAUUUGAUAAGAACAACCUACGCAUCUGGAGCAGGCCAUAUUGGUGCUAAGAUAACUAAUGGUAAGGACAUUGAUUUUUUGACUGGAAUAAUGGCAUAUGGAUUAAAGGAUGAUUUGAGAUAUUUAAAUAGCGUAAUGUCAUUGUCUUCUAAGGAGAGUGACCUAUUUAGGGCACGUAGAAAUAUUUUAAAAAAGAGUUCCGUUUCUAGACCAUCUUUAAAAAAUUUGCAAUUAGACAAAUUUAUACCUCUUUCAAUGUUUGAAUGUGAGAUACUCAAGCGUUGUGUUUUUGAAAUGAGUCUCGCUACAGAUGUAGAGAUGAAAUUGGCCGUUAUGAAUGAUAGAAUCUCUGCAAAUAAGGACACUAGCUGUCUGAAUUAUAUUGAUUGGUCACUUAUUAUGGAAAAGAUUAAAAAUAUCAUUGGUGAUUUACCAAGUACAACGAAUACACCUGUAUAUUCGGCGUCUAAACCGCUUUUACCAAAAAUUUCAUCACUAAAGAGCACUCAAUCAGCGCCAAAAGAUGUUACUACGAAGGGCAUAAUAUCUACACAAAGUCCCCUCACGCCAAAUGUUGACACCUUACAGAUACAAACAGUCCGUUUAGGUAGAUGGAAUUGGCCUUGUAUUGAUGAGAAGGAUUUCGUAUUAAGACAGAAGGAAUUAUUGGAAGCAGAAUUGAAAGUUGUUUUGAAGGAACUAUCACAUGUACGUGAAAAUCUCUGUUCUAGCAUUUUGGAGGAGAAUUCGUCUGGGUUAAGGAUGUCAGAAAGGUUUUCCUUUUAUAAUAUGAUGCUCUCGAAAUAUGAGGCAGUGGAGAGAUGGAGUGAUUUAGUCAGUUAUAUUUCUUUGGGUUGUCGUGAUGUUAUUGAUAUUCCACCUCAGACCCAAGCUAAACAACAGGAACACAACAAUAUUAGUUUGGUUUCCAAGACUUCAACUUCAAUAUCUAGGGAGUCCAUCAAGGCAGAAAGUUCACAAUCUGUCUCUGAACCUAAGAAAUCAUUUAAAAAGAAUACUUCUGUAGCUGAGGCAUUGUUUUGCAGCGUCUGCUUUAGGUGUUUUAGUACGAAUUUGAACCCUCUUUAUACAUGUUCACGCUGCUACAUGAAUUGCCACAAAAAUUGUUAUGGUAUAGGAAGGGGCCGAAGGGAUAUUGAUCAGAAUGAUUAUAUCUGUCGAAGAUGUGAAUAUGAGAAAAGAGUUUUAGGUGGACAUUGGCAAACAGGAUUUAAAAGUUGCAGUGUUAUUUGUAUAAUUUGUGGAAGAGGUGGCGGAGCAUUUAAACGCUGUGAAGGUGACGAUUGGGCUCAUGUUUUUUGCCUAAUUUCUCUAAUGCCUGAGACUAAGUGUAAUGAUUAUAUUUCUCUUGAACCAUGGAAUAUACGUGGAAUAGCUUCUUGGCGUAAGGAGGAGCUUUGUGUUGUUUGUGGAAUAAAUUGGGGUGUCGUUUUGAAAUGUGAUGAUUGCCAUGUUUAUGCUCACCCUUUUUGUGCGUGGCUUCACGGCUUUAGAUUUACAGUAGAUACUAAUUACAACCAUCUUUUCAAGGGAUUCAAUGGAGAUCCACUUUUACAGCGUAUAACUUUAAAGUUUUUUUGUAAUUUACAUGAUAAAGAUCGUAACUGGGUGGAACAAAUGUCCAUAAGAAAUAAAAGGUUUUUAAAUAGAGACACCGCCUCUUCUUUGUUUGAAAACAAGGACAAGAAAAAGAAGUCACAAACACAACAGUCUGAUAGCUUAGUAAAAAAUGAGUCCUUGAAUCUAUUUAAUACUGCAAGUUUGAGUCGAUGUGGAGUAUGCUUUGGAAUUGAGGCCAGACACUGCUGCAGGAAAUGCAAGGUGUUUGUCCAUGAUUCCUGUUACAUAGAUAAUCAAGCGGCAGAAUAUAAUCAAUGUUACGGUGAUAAUGAUCUUACUAGUAUUUCUGGGGAUAAAAGUUCAUUAUCUAAGAAUAAAUUAAGUUCACAGGACAAAAAGAUAGCACCAUCACCGUUAUUUAUUCCAUCGCAAAAUACGGAAGAGCCAACUUCUAGUGCGGCUGAAAGAGAGACAUAUAGUCUUACAUUUCUCUGUGACCCAUGCCGAAACUCUGAUUCGAGGGCCCGUUGCUCUAUAUGUGAAAGAGAUUCGGGUGUGCUAAAGGAGUUACCUGGAAACUCCGCCGGCUCCUUGUACUUUCAUAUUAUUUGUGCAAUUUGUUUUCCAAAGGAGACGCUGGACCUAUGUUUGGGCACAAAACGGUCGGAUGUUAAGGAUCUGCAUUUUGUCGAUUCUCAGGCUUGCGAUGUUUGCAAUUGCCGCUCUGGAUUUAAAUUGGAGUGUUUUCAGAAAGAUUGCAGGAUUAAGUUUCAUCCGGUUUGUGGGUUGAAUAGUAAAUUUGUCAUAGAACCGCAUUCAAUGGCUUUAAAUGAGGGAGAAAGAUAUGUUGCGUUUUGCCAACAACACUCUUUGGUGAAUAACACAGUUAGCAAUAAUGUAAAGCUAUUGUUAAGGUUCAGACUGAAUCUUAUCCUUCUAAAAAAUAUAAUUGGAGAUAUUGCCUCCAAGGAUUCGGUUUAUCAGUCUUUACUCCGCAAGAAACAGGAGAUACUUAAUGAGGAGUGUCCUAUCCAAUCUAUCAUCAGACACCAUAAUAGCUCCUAG